AUGAGGGAAAGGGAGAGAGAGAUGGAGGAGGAAAUGAGGAGGUUCAGGGAGAAAUCUGAGAGGCAGAAGGUAGAGAAACAGAUGGAGCUCCAGAAGAAGAGACAGGAGGAGAGAGAUGAGUGGGAGAUAUUUGAAAAUAAGAGAGUGGAGGAAUGGAAAGAGUUUUACAGGAAGGAAGAAGACAUCCGAAAGGAAGAGUCAUGGAUGAAAGCAGAAAGGAAGGCAAAUAGAAAGGUGGAAGAAGGAAAGAGAAAGAUGGGAGAAGAACAACAGAUGCUGAAAAAGCAAGCCAGUCUAACGGAGACACUGAGUGAUGGAAAGAGAAGAAACCUGGAAGAGAGAAAGGAAGAUGAAAAUAAUAUGGGAGAAAAGUGUGUGAAGGAAGCAAGGGAAGGAGACAGGGGAGAGCUCCUGAAAGAAAAGAGACAGAGACAGAUUGCAGAAGAACAUUUGACACACAUGGAGAAACAAAUGAUGGAGAGGGAGGGGGAGAGGAAGAGAGAACUUGAGAGUCAGAUUAGAGAAGAGAAAAGGAAGCACGAGGAGGAAAUAAAAAUGAGGAAACUGAAAGAGGAUCUAAUGAGAGAAAAGAGGCAUAGACAGAUUGCAGAAGAAAAUAGGACACAUAUGGAGAAACAAAUGAGAGAGCUGGAGGAGAGGGAGGAGGAGAGGAAGAGAGAACGUGAGAGUCAGAUUAGAGAAGAGAAAAGGAAGCAUGAGGAGGAAAUAAAAAUGAGGAAACUGAAAGAGGACCUAAUGAGAGAAAAGAGGCAUAGACAGAUUGCAGAAGAAAAUUUGACACAUAUGGAGAAACAAAUGAGAGAGCUGGAGGAGAGGGAGGAGGACAGGAAGAGAGAACAUGAGAGUCAGAUUAGAGAAGAGAAAAGGAAGCACGAGGAGGAAAUAGAAAUGAGGAAACUGGAAGACAUGAAGAAUGAAAUGUUUGGAAAAAUUAGAGAGUUGGAGGAGGAGAGGAAGAGAGAACUUGAGAAUCAGAUUAGAGAAGAUAUGAGAAAAAGAGAAGAGGAAAUGAAAAUGAGGAAACUGGAAGAGGACCUAAUGAAAGAAAAGAGGCAGAGACAGAUUGCAGAAGAAAAUUUGACACAUAUGGAGAAACAAAUGAGAGAGCUGGAGGAGAGGGAGGAGGACAGGAAGAGAGAACUUGAGAGUCAGAUUAGAGAAGAGAAAAGGAAGCACGAGGAGGAAAUGAAAAUGAGGAAACUGGAAGACAUGAAGAAUGAAAUGUUUGGAAAAAUGAGAGAGUUGGAGGAGAGGAUGAAAAAGAUGGAAAGACAGCAUGCAGAGAAGACCACGAUGGAGGAGGAGAAGGAGGAAAGAAAGAGGGUGGAAGACACAGUGAGGAUGAAAGAGCUAAACAAGACAGCCUUGGAUGUGUGGGAAUUUCACUUUGGAAGUCAUGAAUGUCUGAAACACAGAAGUGAUUCAGAAUGUUCAGAUUGUGAUGACAGUAAAAGUGUCAAAGCACACCAGAAGAAGACAGACAAAGGGAAGAAUGAAACGAUGGAAGCACUCCUGAGCGAGGACGAAUUUAACAGUAGUGAUGAUGAUGAUGGUUUCACUGAGAUGAAACAAAAGGAUGGACAUAAAAAUAUGCUUGUUGAGGAGAAGGUAGCUACAAAUUGCUGUCAAAAUGAUCACCCAGGAAAAGUCAAAGUUCAAAAUGACCUGGCAGGUGAUAUAGACUGGUCAGAGAGUGACUACAGCGAGAUUGAGGAAAUAAUCGACAGUGACACUGAGGACAUUAGUGAAGAAAUAAAGGAAACGGAUGAGGAGGAGGAGGUUGAAGAUAAGACAGAUAUUGAGAGUGAUGAGAGAACAGUAAGAAAUGUGAUAAGAAGUGAAUGUGAUGAUGAUAAGAGUGGGAAACCAAACAUGAAGAAAGGCAUGGUUGACAAAGACAAUACGGACAACAACGUUGAGAAAGAGAAAACAACCCAAAGCAACACAAAGAGAGAGGAGGGUGAGAGAAAAGAGGUUCAUCAAAGCCAAGACACAGAGACAUACAAAACCAAUGGUGCGACAGAAUCUGACGAGCUCACUUUGGCUCCUGGAAAGGGGUCAGAUAGCAAUGACAGUGAGAGGGUCAAAUCCAACCAAGAGAAAGAAAAGGAUGACCAAAAGGACACAGGACAGUUAGAGAGUCAGGAGGAGAAGAAGGAGGACAGGAUACUUGCUGGAGCAGAGCGAGAGACUCAGCAUCCUCAGGAAGACCAAUCGGAAACAUGCAAAGAUUUUUCAAUUUUCGCAGCGGCAAUGGUUAAGACUCAGGGCCCAGACGAGGAUCAACUAGCAGUUGAAGGAAAGACUAACAACACUCAGACAGACCAGGCAGCAAAGGUCAAAGGUGAAAAGGACCUGGAUAAUGACUGGUCAGAGAGUGACAGUGAGAUUGAGGAAAUUACAGCUGAUUUUGAGAUUGAUGAGGAAACAGACCAACCAGCAACGUGCGGAGAUUACUCCAUCUCUAUUGCUGAGGAGGUUAAGAUUCAGGACCCUGACAAGAAUCAACCAGCAAAGCUCAAAGAUUCCUCCAUCUUCUUGGCUGGUGUUGAGGUCAAACAGACCCAGAGCAAAGAUGUCUCCUUGGUUGCUGCAGCUGAGUCAAAGACUCUGAAACCUCAGGAGGAGCAGCCAGCAAAGUGUAAAGAUUUGUCUGUGUUUGCUGCAGCCGGAGGAAAGACUCAGGACUCAGCAAAGGUCAAAGGUGAAAAGGACCUGGAUAAUGACUGGUCAGAGAGUGACAGUGAGAUUGAGGAAAUUACAGCUGAUUUUGAGAUUGAUGAGGAAACAGACCAACCAGCAACGUGCGGAGAUUACUCCAUCUCUAUUGCUGAGGAGGUUAAGAUUCAGGACCCUGACAAGAAUCAACCAGCAAAGCUCAAAGAUUCCUCCAUCUUCUUGGCUGGUGUUGAGGUCAAACAGACCCAGAGCAAAGAUGUCUCCUUGGUUGCUGCAGCUGAGUCAAAGACUCUGAAACCUCAGGAGGAGCAGCCAGCAAAGUGUAAAGAUUUGUCUGUGUUUGCUGCAGCCGGAGGAAAGACUCAGGACUCAGCAAAGGUCAAAGGUGAAAAGGACCUGGAUAAUGACUGGUCAGAGAGUGACAGUGAGAUUGAGGAAAUUACAGCUGAUUUUGAGAUUGAUGAGGAAACAGACCAACCAGCAACGUGCGGAGAUUACUCCAUCUCUAUUGCUGAGGAGGUUAAGAUUCAGGACCCUGACAAGAAUCAACCAGCAAAGCUCAAAGAUUCCUCCAUCUUCUUGGCUGGUGUUGAGGUCAAACAGACCCAGAGCAAAGAUGUCUCCUUGGUUGCUGCAGCUGAGUCAAAGACUCUGAAACCUCAGGAGGAGCAGCCAGCAAAGUGUAAAGAUUUGUCUGUGUUUGCUGCAGCCGGAGGAAAGACUCAGGACUCAGCAAAGGUCAAAGGUGAAAAGGACCUGGAUAAUGACUGGUCAGAGAGUGACAGUGAGAUUGAGGAAAUUACAGCUGAUUUUGAGAUUGAUGAGGAAACAGACCAACCAGCAACGUGCGGAGAUUACUCCAUCUCUAUUGCUGAGGAGGUUAAGAUUCAGGACCCUGACAAGAAUCAACCAGCAAAGCUCAAAGAUUCCUCCAUCUUCUUGGCUGGUGUUGAGGUCAAACAGACCCAGAGCAAAGAUGUCUCCUUGGUUGCUGCAGCUGAGUCAAAGACUCUGAAACCUCAGGAGGAGCAGCCAGCAAAGUGUAAAGAUUUGUCUGUGUUUGCUGCAGCCGGAGGAAAGACUCAGGACUCAGCAAAGGUCAAAGGUGAAAAGGACCUGGAUAAUGACUGGUCAGAGAGUGACAGUGAGAUUGAGGAAAUUACAGCUGAUUUUGAGAUUGAUGAGGAAACAGACCAACCAGCAACGUGCGGAGAUUACUCCAUCUCUAUUGCUGAGGAGGUUAAGAUUCAGGACCCUGACAAGAAUCAACCAGCAAAGCUCAAAGAUUCCUCCAUCUUCUUGGCUGGUGUUGAGGUCAAACAGACCCAGAGCAAAGAUGUCUCCUUGGUUGCUGCAGCUGAGUCAAAGACUCUGAAACCUCAGGAGGAGCAGCCAGCAAAGUGUAAAGAUUUGUCUGUGUUUGCUGCAGCCGGAGGAAAGACUCAGGACUCAGCAAAGGUCAAAGGUGAAAAGGACCUGGAUAAUGACUGGUCAGAGAGUGACAGUGAGAUUGAGGAAAUUACAGCUGAUUUUGAGAUUGAUGAGGAAACAGACCAACCAGCAACGUGCGGAGCUGGAGGACAGACUCAGAACACUCAGACAGACCAGGCCACAAAGGUCAAAGGUGAACAGGACCUGGACAUUGACUGGUCAGAGAGUGACUAUGACAGUGAGGGAACAAUGGAUAGUGACAAAGAGUUCAUAGAUAAAGACGAAUGGACAAAAUGGAGCAUGGACAUUGAGGAAAAGAAAGCGUGUACACAAGUCCAACAUGAUGGAAAUACAGCUGAGAGAGACAUCAUAAACCAAGAGAAGAAAAAGGUCCAGCCAGCAAAAUGCAAAGAUUUAUCCAUCUUUUCAGCUGGUGCUCAGACUCAGCAGACCCAGCAGUGCAAAGCUGGAGGAAAGACUCAGAACACUCAGACAGACCAGGCAACAAAGGUCAAAGGUGAACAGGACCUGGACAUCGACACAGACUGGUCAGAGAGUGACUAUGAUAGUUACGAUGAAUUCAUAACUGAAGAAGUAUGGCAAAAGUGGAAAGAGGACAAUGAGAAGAAAAGACUAAACAAAGAUGACACAGUUACACCAUUACCGAAUACAGAUAGGAUUGAUGGAGAGGUCUCAAGAGAAAAGAUUGGAAAGAUAAACCAAGAGCAGAGGGCUGCAGCCGAGGGAAAGACUCAGAACCCUCAGACAUAUCAGCCAGUAAAGGUCAAAGGUGAAAAUGACCUGACAAGUGGGGGAAUGAACCAAGAGAAGACAGAGAUAGAGGUCCUUCAGAGGUCUCGUCAGGAACAGCCAGCUAAGUGUAAAGGCAUGGCCAAGGUACCCCCGGUUCAGCAGGCCAAAGUGAGUUAUAAAAGUGAGAUUGUCCAAAAGAAAGAUGGGAAUGACAAAGUGACAGAGCCAAAGACAGAUGCAGAGCUCAUUAUGGAAAAAUAUGAGAGGAUGGUGGAAGAGGGGAGACGGGGGCCUGGUCAGAAGGAUAGGAGAGAUAAAGACAUGGCCAAAGAGUCUAAAGAAGAGCAGCGCAGGCUGAGGAAUGAGAAGGCCCUUCAGGAUCACCUGGACAGUGUAGAGAAUCAGGAAGGGACAAGCAAACAGACCAGACAACCACAGUGUAUAGGCAUGACCAAGGUCCCCCCGGGUCAGCAGGCCAAAGUGAGUAAUAAAAGUGAGAUUGUCCAAAAGAAAGAUGGGAAUGACAAAGUGACAGAGCCAAAGACAGAUGCAGAGCUCAUUAUGGAAAAAUAUGAGAGGAUGGUGGAAGAGGGGAGACGGGGGCCUGGUCAGAAGGAUAGGAGAGAUAAAGACAUGGCCAAAGAGUCUAAAGAAGAGCAGCGCAGGCUGAGGAAUGAGAAGGCCCUUCAGGAUCACCUGGACAGUGUAGAGAAUCAGGAAGGGACAAGCAAACAGACCAGACAACCACAGUGUAUAGGUGAUGUCAUCUCAAAUGGACGACUCCGGUGCACUGGAGCAGAUGUCCCCAGCGCCAUACGGCUGGAGCCAUACUCUCUGCCUUACCAACUGAUCGCUGGUCAGCUCUCCCAACAGCAGUUCUAG